UUGCUCGAAAUAGAAUUAGUGAGUGUAACUAACAGACAGGCUAGACAGGACAAAAACGAUACCACCUAGAAAAAAAACUAAAAACUAAAAUCCAAACAAAAAAUUAGAAAAAAUAAAUGAAAGUUAUGUAGAAACAAGAAGAGUGUAUUAAAGUUGAAUUAACUUAAAACCCUCCUAACUAAAAGUCGUAUUUAUUGAGUUUUGAGUGAAAAUAGAAACAAAUUGUUGAGUUGACAAAAUAUCUAUUUAAUCAAAAAGAAAAAAAUCGAUAACCAUACAAAAAGGCGGCCGGACUGUUAAUCACAGUGCGUUGCUAAACAAACCAAGCAACUUGUAACCAAACCUAAACUAUUGCCUUUGGCCUCUGAGCACUGAGCUUUAAACUAAAUGUUAUCAAAAAUCCCAUACAAGAUUUCCCACAAUUCGUCUAGGAAGCAGAAUGUCCAACGAUGAAAUCAAUUUGCCGGCAACCACCUCAAUGUGUAAAUCCAGAACCGGGCUAAGACUUUCAAAUCGGGUGUCAUUUGGUGAGAGCAUAAAUAAACCACUGACGUCUCAAGAACAUGAUGGUGAAGCAGGAGCUGGAACAUCAUCAUCAUCGGUUUCGGCCAGAACAACAUCAUCGCUAGCAUUAACGCCGUUGCCGGCGUCAUUGCCAUUAAAACGUAAUAUACCCAUACUGUUCUCCACCAAUAGAGGUCUACACAUCCGUAUGACCUCUUUGGCCAACAGUAACAACAACAACAACAAUCUGGGCAUAACUAAAAAUUCCGUUGGUGUAGCAAGUGCUGGAACAAACACAGAGGCGGGAGGUAUGGUCAACAACGGAAGUGGUGGCAGUAGCAUGAACAACAAAACUAGAACUAUUGCUGCUUUGACAACAACUACAACAACAACAACGACGACGACGACAACAAAUAUAAGUUACAAUAUAACAUUUUGUGAUUUAGAAAGAUGGAGCACAAAUCGCGCCAAUAACGUCAGUUUGGAGGAUACCUUUACGAUUGCUCGUCCAGCUGUUGUACCACAUUCUGCGGCCUCAGGUUCAUUGGCAUCCAACAGUCUACGUUUCUUGCCUCAGAAAACCAGUUCGAUGCGUUUCAAAGGCUAUGCCCGAUUUGAUGUGGAGUAGUAUCAAGGCAAUUGAUACCUUAGGAUACAUGUAGCAAUUAAGGCUUGUACAAUUUUACUUAUGAUCCAUCAUUCAUUCAAAAUAUAUUCCGGGUUUAGAUUUUGAAACGCACAUUUGGUGCAUAUCCCAAGGAGAUAGAAAAACAAAUUCAUCAUCAACCUCUUCCAAAAACGAAAACAAGAAUAAGAAUAUAGGAAUAAACCAAAAUCAAAUUUAUUGUUAACUACAUUAUUGAUUAAGUUAUAUUUUUUGUGUAUUCUCAUCUCAA